UCUAUCGCACCGGUUCACUAUACAGCAUAUCCGGCUAGCAAAGGGCCCCCGAAAGCAUCCGAAACGGAAGUGUGGCGUGUAGUGUAGCGUUUCGCGCGUUAGUCGUGUUAUCGCUCGACAGAAACUAGCACGUGCCGGCAAGUGUAUAGUGCUGCUUCUGUACCGUAUGCGUGAUGCGUGCACUGGUUUGAUGUGUGGAAUAAUGUUGUAAGUAAGGUAAUCGGUGAAAAGUGAAUGUGAGAAAACCGGUGUAAAAUAUUGCAUCAAACAUCCAAAAAGCUUCGAAAAGUAAUUACAAACCAAAAUGAGGCCCCACAUCAAAAUGCAACACCACACCGCGAUGAUGCUGAGGAUAAUUGUUUUCGGUUACAUUUUCACCACCACCUUCUGCGAGCCUGGCAACACGUUGGCAGCCUUCCCCGAACCGGUCUGCGGACAGAUUUCCCAGAUGCUCGACGGCUGUUUUCACAACGUCACGCCUAACGCUACCGCCGAGCUGCUGCACACGGUGCAGAUUCCAGAAACCAUCGAGCAGAUCAACAGCCGCUGCCUGCUGUUCAAUCGGGGCAUGGACUGCGUGGAACGCUAUCUGGAUGUGUGCGUAGACGCGAAGGAGCGGUUCAUCAUCGACAGUGAGGUGUACGGUGCGAAGCGAUUGUAUCAGUUCCUGUGCCGCGAUCGAGCAUUCCAGCAAGAAUUUCUCUGGCACAAGGACUGCUUCCAGCUGGUGCAUCGAGAUCUGGACUCCUGCUCGAAACGGUUCGUCUCCAUUCUGAAGGAGGAAAUUGCCAAAACCACCGAACAGUCGCUCAACGAGCAGUACAUGCAUUUUUGCUGUGCUCGAUACGCGUACGAGAACUGCGUGUACAUCAGCGCCCGGUACAAGUGCAAACCGGACUCGGCCGUGUUUUUGCGCCGCAUCGCCAAGCUACUGUCGAGCGAUAAGCACUUUCUCAACUGUGAUAAGAUCGAAACCGAGGUGUGCUCGUCCGUUGGCCGGCCGGCUGCUCGAUGGUGGUGGUGGUGGUCGUCGUCGAUGGCCGCGCUGUUCGUAUUGUCGUUCGUCGUCAACGCUUAGAAGAGGCAUGUGGACAGGGUUUCGGAAAAUGUAAUCCUAUUUUCCGAAGCACCCGCUACAAAACCCCCGGUAACCUCGGUGAUCAAUCCAUCCAUUCAUUGUCACAUCCGGUAGGGUUCUUUUGCUUUUGCUUCAUGUCCACACUCGACCCUUCUUCUCCUCCUCCUUCUCCUCCUCCUCCUCCUCCAACUCUUGAACGAAUAGCUUGUUAUUGUAUUUGGACUUUUACAAUGUGUUACACCACCAUCGCUUCGCAGUGCGAGCUGGUGGGAAUAAAAAAAAGCAAAAUUUAACUCAAACUUU